CUAAAUCUCUCCUUUAUGCCUUUGCACAUUAACAAUUACAGUCACCAUGGCCAUUACUGCCCUAAACGAGCAAUUGACAUUACAGAUUCCAUUUCCAUCACCACGACUCGCCAAAAUUGCCGCAGACGUAUUGGAUGUAGACAAGGAUUUGAAGCCAGAAGUUUCAAGGCGAAUUAUUAGGACGCAAGACAACAUUUUGAUCCUAGAUUUUCAAACAUCGACACUAAAGCUAUUGAGGACCGUGAUCAAUUCUUCGCUGGAAAUGGCACAAAUGGUUGUCAACACAAUGGGCGCUUUCGAUACGGAGCAGGAUGAAGUAUAAGGAUCAUUUCGAG